AUGACUGGAACCGGACUUCAACUGUUUCCUCCACCACCUCGCGCUCCAAGGCAAACAAGCCCAGCUCAGAGACCAUCGCCAAGGAUGAAGCCUUCUAUUCCAGCACCAGUAGCAGGAAGAAAAGACAGCGCAAAUCAUAUAGAGGAGCCACUUGACUUUCAUGAGCUCGUCCUACAGGUCAACUCUGUUCCUGUUUCACCCUCGAAUCCAUCCAAUCUUGGCCCAACCAUCACUGCACCACCGCGAGCAUAUGUUGCUCCAGCGAGUGGAUCUGCAGCAGGACCCAAAGCACCAUCGCCAGUCAUUGCGACACAGGAGGACUUCUAUAGAGGGCCUUCGCCAUCCUUUUCAACACCACUUGCCUACAGCCCGGAUCCCAACCGAGCAGUGUCCCCAGCGUUCUCGACAUGCGACACAUUGGUCCGCAGCAACACCACGGCGACACGAGCACCCAGGUCGCCACAAGAAGAAGUACAGAUGCGUUCCAUGUUCCCGACCUACAACCCCAACAUACCUCUUGCGCAACAAGCAUACAAGCCUGCCCAGGCGUCACCCACUCAUAUCCCACGAGAGCAGAUCAGCAGAUCGCCGUACUCUCCCGAGCCUUAUGUGCCGCACAGCAAUACCUCUUCGAGGAACACAUUGGCCGCCAAACCAUCACAGAAACCCUUCUUCACCCCAUCACACCUACUCGACAACCUAUGGCUAGCAGCAAACGGGCAAGAGGAGCCAGAGGUCCAGAUCUACACCCUCAAGAUGCAUCGAGCCACCAUAGCAAACCCGACAAUCACCUUUGGCACUACGCCCUCGCUUCCUUUCUACAGUCUGGCACCAACAAAUCUCGCCGGCGAAGACGCUCCGAUACCCAGCAUCAUGAACGAGCUGAUGAUCCAACGCCAUCACCCUACCCAGCCGCGCGUUCUUCCAAUUGCCCAACUCGAUCUCCUUGCGCCUCCUUCGAUGGACAGCAUCAUGUUCGAUCACCAGCAACAAGAGCCCACCACUCUGCUGACCAGCAUAUAUCCAAAGCUGGCUGCUCUCCAAGCGUUGGACGUAGCUGCGAAUUCGCCAGCCGCCUCACGAAUCGCUCUAGUUGACCCUGGUGCGCAAUCUCCCGCCGCACAGAGGUUAGCUGAGGAUGUGCUUGCCGGUGCCGCUCAACGGGAAUGCUGCACACUCGCAUGGAAUCGCGACGACCCCAAACAACAGUCCAACCCCUGGGCGCAGCAUAUCCCGUCUGAAGGCUCAUACCAAUUACACCACCCCGCACUAGGCAUUUUCCCGAUUCAGAUCGAGGGUGAUUGUUCCUUGAUCAACAGGCCCUCCACGCGCCCUAUCACGACGAUUUAUGGUCACAACAUGCCCUCGACUCCAGCAGUCAACAGCCAGAAGCCUGCGUGCAUUACCCUGCUAAACCCAUACAUCCUGUCGACCUCCACUCCACGGACAAAUGCAUUCUCUCCACUUCCUCUGCCGCCUCGUUCCAACGCCCAUGAUCGACCCAUCUCCGCUACGCCCUCCACCAUGUCCGUCAACCAGCUGCCAACUACAACAGACGCUACAGCCGAUGACGCAAUGCUCGCGCGUCUUGACUUUACAAGUGAUGCACUGACACUCAACCUGGGCGCCCUGAGCCGCUUCGGCAACCCUUUCCUCGUCGACGUCGCAGCCUCGACGCUCCUCGCCGUUGCAGUAGCAGAGGCAACACGCGGCCGUUCAUCGCGAAAGACAUCUCUGCAGAACUUCGACGCCCCGCCACCGAACGACUACGAACUGCAAACUCCAGAGACCAAAGCGCGGAGCUUCAAAGAAACAUUUGCCCGGGAUUGGGAGGGCGUAGACGCACGCUCGAAGCAAGGCCGGCGCAAGGCCGGGCUGGCAGUAAGCAGCGGCCUGAAGAAAUUCGUCGCAAGUCUGAAAUCCACCACCGUCGACGAGCCAAACCAAACCCGGGCUGCAAGCCAGUCUACGGUGCGCGCGAGAGACGCGAACGCGCAGUUCGACAAAGAUAUCGAGCUGGGCGAGUGGUACGGUCACGGGCAGACGGCGGAGCCCUCGACUCAGACAAAGAAGAAAGACCGGAAAGCAAAAGACGAAGACAAGCUGCCGCUCGUAGCACGGGGCAUCAUCGGCAUUGUGACUUUCUCUUUCAAAGCCGUCAUCUGGGUAUUGACACUCGCGUUCAAGGUUGUCGCUGGCGUGGUCAAGUUGCUGAUCCGGGCAUUCACAAAGUCGUAA